CGGGCGAGCUCUCCCCGCCUUUGCGUCUGUCGCGGCGGGGCCGCUCGGUUUCCUGCUCCUCCGCCGCCCUCUGGGCAGCUGCCGAGCCGGGUCGAGUCUGCAGCCGCCGCCGAGUGAGGAGGGGCCGGGCGGCCGGCCGGAGCGCAGGUCGUUUGAUUAGUGCAAUUGUGCGACUGACUGACUGACAAGACUAAACAUGAGGGUAGCAGGUGCUGUAAAGUUGGUGGUAGCUGUCUCAAUAUUUCUACUGACAUUUUAUGUCAUAUCUCAAGUAUUUGAGAUAAAAAUGGAUACAAACUUAGGAAACCUGUUUGCUAGAUCAGCAUUGGAGGCAGCUGCACGCCCUACAAAACCACCCAGAUAUAAAUGUGGGAUUUCAAAAGCUUGUCCUGAAAAGCACUUUGCCUUCAAAAUGGCAAGUGGAGCAGCCAACGUAGUUGGGCCAAAAAUUUGUGUAGAAGAUAAUGUUUUAAUGAGUGGUGUUAAGAAUAAUGUUGGCAGAGGAAUAAAUAUAGCUUUGGUAAAUGGCAAAACGGGACAAGCAUUGGACACCAAGUUCUUCGACAUGUGGGGAGGAGACGUGGCACCGUUUAUUGACUUCCUAAAGUCCAUUCAGGAUGGAACUAUAGUGUUAAUGGGAACCUAUGAUGAUGGUGCAACCAAGCUUAAUGAGGAGGCACGGAAACUGAUUGCUGAACUGGGAAGCACAUCUAUUACUAACCUUGGUUUUAGAGACAACUGGGUCUUUUGUGGUGGAAAAGGAAUUAAGACUAAAAGUCCAUUUGAACAGCAUAUAAAGAACAACAAGGAUACUAACAAAUAUGAAGGCUGGCCAGAAGUUGUUGAGAUGGAAGGCUGUAUCCCUCAGAAGCAAGACUAAACGAUUCAAAACAAAGAAUGUGAGAGAAAAUGCACUUUCUGCUAUUAUAAGGGAGAGGGCCAUGAAGAAGAUACUAUGUUAUGUAAAUAUUUUUAAAGCAUGCAUCCAUCUUGUCGGUGUGCGCAUGAGCAUUGACAUUUUGAAUAUCAGAAUUAUUUAUUUGCUAAUACAUGUAGAAAUCGUUUUGUAAAUAGGCCCAAAAUAAACAAGACAGUGAAACAUUUCUAAACAGCAUUCCUCAAAGUGCAAAAUUUAGUUUGCCUAUGGUAAAUAAUCAUUUUAGUUCUACUGACUAAGCAGUUAAGUAGCCAGUAAAGGAAUGAGCUCAUACUGAAGGAUAUCGUACUGUCCUAUAACAAUGUAAAUGUUGCUUUGAGUCCGUAACCUUUGUGGAAUAUGUAGAUUUUAGUGAGAAAUUAAAAAGCUUUAAUUUUUUUAUCCUCUGCCUUUUGGUGGCAGCAUCACUUUUUAUUAAAGAUCUAUUCAGUUAUUCUAGUACAAAUGCGUUAUAAUUUUGUUUUGCAGCUCCCCCCAAAAAAACCUAAUAAUCAACAAUAAUAAUAAACAAAAUUAGCGUACUUUAUACAACAGUGUAGAUCAGCCACGAGAAGCACAAUUAAAUAAUUUUUUUAUUAAAACAAAAGUAAAUAUAUAAAUACUUGUACAUGAUAUUUAAAAAAAGCUUGAAAAGAUUUGUAUUUAACAUGGAAAUAGUGUUUACUUUGUAGAAGAUACUUGGCUUAAUAACAGUUCUAUGACUCAAUUGUUUUGUUUUUAUUACAAUUUUUGUACCAGCUGCCUGACCUUCAGUUCUACCUACUGCUGUUCAGCAAUACUAACUAGCUGAAUGAGAGAGCUGUCUGAUGGAAUGCCCUUCUGUUUUAAUUCUAGUCCUAGGAGCGAGAUUUCCCAGUGAGGGAAGCAUGUUAGAAAAUGGGCUGUUUCCUUAUAGGAAUUAAUUUAGUAUACAUAAUUUUAUGCACAGUUUCACUACUACCUGUGCUGCUUCUAAUGUGAAUCAAGAUACUCAAUCAGUACUUGGGAUGUUACAGAGAGCAUUUUGAGAUAUGAAUCAGGUGUAUCAGUUGGUAUUGAAAAACUAGCUAACACUGUUAUCUUCAUCCCUUUCAGCAAUGGAUUUUAAAAAACUGGACAAAGUUAAAGUGGCCUUAUACCGUAGCUCAUGUAAGAGUAAAUAGAAAACCGAACACUUUCUGUAGAAAUUAAUUUUUUUAAUCACUUAUAUUUUUUAGUAGGGCAGGCUUAGAAUUCUUUUUCUGAAUACAAAGUGAGUACAGUGAAACUGACUAUCCAGGCAUUCAGUGUACAGGCCCUAGAGCAGAAUUCUAUUUAAUCUCUUGGAGUUCUAUUUAUACUGUUUGUUCUAGUACAAAUGGUCAACAUCUUUGAGCAGUACUAUAAAAAAUUUUUUAGGAACUUCAGUAUGAAUCACAAAUAGUGCCACUCAGAAUGUUCUAUAAUCAGUAUCUUCUGAGACAAACUUAAAAUGGUUUGCACUAAAAUCUUUAAAGUAAUACAGGGAAUAAUAACUUUGUUCAGAAUAAUAUCCACCUCUUAAUACAGGAAUGAGUAAGACUGGAAUUUGAAUUGUUUUCUGUUUAACUAGCCUGCUAUGUAACGUUUUCCCCUCAAAUUUAAUGUAGAACAGCAAUAAAUGCACCUUAUACAGUGAAACCAUUUAUUUGUAAACUAUCAUGCAGAUUUUUAGUUCUUACUUGAGAGAGAUUACAUCAUACGUGUCAAACUAUGUAUAUUUUUUCAUCAAAUAAAGUAAAAAUCCCCUCCGUUCUAUAAA